AUGCGCCAUUUCGCUCUCAUCCUCCUCCCCGCCUUCAUUGCCUUGGCUCAAGCUGAACUGCCAAAGGCUAACGAGUACAAGUCCGGCGACUGCAACCCGGACAGCCUCAACUUCGGCCAUCACUCGUCCUCGCUGAAGGAGGUCACCAUGGACGACACUUCCCACUCAGUCUUCCUGGCCGGAGGCGAGUGGGCCGGCUUCUCGCAGAAGGGCUCCGAGGGCUGCUCCGGCGAGCUCCUGGGCACCAUGAAGAGCGGUUGCAACAAUCUGGAUACGGACAAGGCGAAGCGUGUGGCCUGCGUCAAGUUCAAUGUCUUUUCGGGCUGA